CGCCGUGGCUUCUCGCAACCGCUCUCGGAGCAGCGCACCCGCGGCUAGACGCGCGACCUCUUGGCAGGGCGGCCCCUCCGAUCGCCCCCCGCGCCCGAAGCGGAUCUCGCCCCCGCCACGCCCGGAAAGCACUGCGGAGCCUGCUCGAGGCUGCUCGCGCGCGCAGAGCUCCAGCCCGGGAGGCCCUGAGCAGCGCUGCAAAGUGCCCAGAUUCCUGGAGAAGAAGGCAGGCACCUUCCGCCCCCGUCCCGCAAACAGCAUCAAGAAAGAGCCCCCCCCCCCCCCCGCUUUGUCUCCGUCCUCUCGCAUCUCCCUCCAGCCCAAGGUGGAGCCGGCGCGGGCCAAGCCCUUCGCUCUGACGAUGCCCAUGGAGCUGACGCAGAGCCGCAUCCAGAAGAUCUGGCUCCCGUCCGACCAUCACCCGGCGCUGUCCCGGCGAUCAUGUGGUCCGCAGCUGACCAAUUCCCCUACGGUGAUUGUCAUGGUUGGCCUGCCAGCUCGGGGGAAAACCUACAUCUCCAAGAAACUGACCCGCUACCUCAAUUGGAUUGGCGUCCCCACGAAAGUCUUCAACGUCGGAGAGUAUCGCCGCGAGGCUGUGAGGCAUUACAGCUCCUACAACUUCUUUCGCCCUGAUAACGAGGAGGCGAUGAAAGUCCGAAGACAGUGUGCCUUUAACGCCCUGAGAGACGUCAAAGCGUACUUGCUGGAGGAGGGUGGCCAGAUUGCGGUGUUCGAUGCUACCAACACGACGCGUGAGAGAAGGUCGAUGAUCCUGCAUUUUGCCAGAGAAAAUGGAUUCAAAGUGUUCUUCAUUGAAUCCGUCUGCAAUGACCCGAGCGUUGUUGCUACCAACAUUAUGGAAGUCAAGUUGUCCAGCCCGGAUUACAGGGACUGUGACACAACGGAGGCGAUGGAAGAUUUUAUGAAAAGAAUCAGCUGUUACCAAGCGAGCUACCAGCCGCUUGACCCAGAUGACUACGACAGAGAGCUGUCACUGAUCCAAGUGAUCGACGUUGGCCGGAGGUACAUUGUGAACCGGGUCCAAGACCACAUCCAGAGUCGCAUCGUGUACUAUCUGAUGAACAUCCAUGUGCAGCCCCGUACCAUUUACCUGUGCCGGCAUGGCGAGAGCGAAUCCAACCUCAAAGGGAAGAUUGGAGGGGACUCUGGACUGUCCAACAGGGGCAAAAAGUUUGCCAGUGCGCUGAACUGUUUCAUCCAGGAGCAAAACCUGAAAGAUCUCAAGGUCUGGACGAGUCAGCUGAAGAAGACCAUUCAGACGGCAGAAGCCCUCGAGCUGCCUUACGAGCAGUGGAAGGCGUUGAACGAAAUCGACGCGGGCGUGUGUGAAGAAAUGACUUACGAUGAAAUCAAGGAGAAAUACCCGGAAGAGUUAGCUUUGCGGGACCAGGACAAGUACUAUUACCGGUACCCAUCCGGGGAGUCUUACCAGGAUCUGGUGCAGCGCCUGGAACCGGUCAUCAUGGAGCUGGAACGGCAGGAGAAUGUCCUCGUCAUCUCCCACCAGGCCGUGAUGAGGUGCCUCCUGGCCUACUUCCUCGACAAAAGUGCCGAGGAAAUGCCUUACUUGAAAUGCCCUCUGCACACAGUGCUGAAGCUGACCCCUGUGGCCUAUGGUUGCAAAGUCGAAUCCAUCUAUUUGAAUGUCGAAGCUGUGAACACCCACCGGGACAGACCAGAGGAUGCCAGGAAGGGACCUAGCACCCACAUGAGACGCAAUAGCGUCACCCCUCUGGCGAGCCCAGAGCCCACCAAAAAGCCUCGCAUCAACAGCUUUGAGGAGCAUGUGCCCACCGCUGCUUCCGCUGCCCUGCCCAUCUGUGCUCCCCCGGAGGCGCCUUCCCAGCUGCCCGGACAACCUUUACUGGGAAAGGCCUGCCUAACCUGAAUAGCUCCCACAAGCAGCCUUGAAUUUCUCCAGGCGAUGCGUGAAAAUCCCAUCAACGGAAACCCAGCUCCAUUGCGUCACUCAUCUCUGAAGCUUGUGUCUCCCGUGCGCCUCUGUUGGACUCAAGGCUGACCCACGUGGGCAAUUCCCAUCACUGUUCAUCUGCCUAUUCGGACUUACCAGAUGGAGUUUGGAGGGGACGGGUGGGGGGAACACGGAGAGUAAGAAGAGGAGGAGAAAGCAAACAUCUCAUUUUAAUGUCAACUGGAGCUAACACCUCAUUUUUACCUGUUUUUUCCUGUUCUCCACUACUCCAGCCCAGGCCCUGGUUUGGGUAGAUCAUAAGCACUCCACGUGUCUCAAGUCUUUUUUAUUAACUCUAAAGUGACACAGUUGCCUUGCAGAGAACGAGGUGGAAGGUGCUUUGCUGCCUCGACAGACGUGUGUAAAUAAAAGAUGGUGGUUUGUGUUGGUGCACGCAAGGAGGAGGGGUGUAGCUAGGUACGGGGGCACCGGAGGCCUUCCUCGUGACACCGAAGUGCGCUCAGUCUUGCCGGUUUGUAUGUCUCUUCUGCUGCCCCCUCUCCCACCCCAAAGUAAGAAAUCGGUGGAGGUCACCUAUACCUACAGAAAGCACGGCUGUUCUGGUGAGGGUGGGGAUCCGCUGCUUGAUUUUUAAUGACAGCAAAACCCAUUCCCGGGCCUCUUUCCAAGUAUUGAGAAGCUGCAUGGGGGAUUCCUUACCACUCCGCGAGCGCCUCGCAUUGGGCCCAGGCAGAUCCUCCAGCAAUUCGUGCUGAAAAGUCGCUGGCAUGCUUCGCUCGGCACCAGGCUGGGGCUGCGCGGGUGCAAAACAACCAUUUGACUUCUAUUUUAUUUCCGGGGACUGCAGGGAAGGGGAAGGGCUGGCUCUACAGAGGCCACGCCUGCAUGGCACUCUGCAAGAAACUGCCUCGCUCCCUUUGCUUCUUUUGGCUUCCACGCUGCCAGAUGUCCGGCCCAUUGUAGGUGCAGUAUUGUUAUGCAUUGCUCAUACGUGGAUCCGCCCCCCCCCCCCCCCAGCCACCUGCUUCAGUUGCUGCAUGCGCUGGGUUCUUUAAAGACUUCAGGCAGAAGUGAUGAGCAGUUGGAUGCACGCGGGUCGCUCAGCUCUGCAGGGCUGCGCACUGAUCCUGAUGCGCACUCGCGCAAGGGUGGUGGCCACGCCCUUGAAUUGCUGGAUCAAAGGGAAUUACCGGACACCCAUCACUCUUCUCCAGAACAGAUUAAUAAAUCCAUUUCCAGUUAGCCGAGUUUUAGAUCCAGCAACCCAACUUUGUGGGGGAUGCCAUUCAUGACUCUAAUAUGGACGUAACCCAUAACAACAGUGAGAGAAGAUGUUCUGAUCUGUUGAGAUAGAGACAUCUGAGGGAUUCUGCACUAGGGAAGCCCCUAGGUUAUCAACUCUGGUUGAGUUUUAUCUUUUUAAGGGACGGUCCUAUACAUAUCUAGCUGGAAAAGACUGCAUGCUCGCAUUGUUUUGCUCGCAUUAUGAGCUCUCCUCUUACCAGGCUUUUCUAAAAAUGGACCCCCCCAUUUUGGAGCAGUCGGGUGCAAGCAGCGCCUGACGUAAUGAAAAAAUAUUGCCAGCGGUGGGUCCUUUACUAGCCCCAUCAGGGAUGGAAUGUGGGACUGAGGCUCCUCCACCAGGGUUCUUGCCCACAUCUACCCACUUGCACACUUCCACUUAGCAGGCAAGGCCUUCCUCGGACUGGGCAGUGACCCAGUGGGAAUUGGGCCCUCUCGUGCGCCGAGGUUCGCCUUGGCAUGGCCGAGCAGCCGUUCCACCCACCUGCCACAGCAGGUGCUUUUGCAUGGCUUAACACUGAGCCAAAAUGUUCCACCACCUGUGGCCCAGUCGGACACCCGAAGAUUUUCUCACGAGCAAGGAGCCUGUGCAUGCAACCUGUGCAUUUUGCGUUUCCAGCGUGUUUCGCAUGCAUUGCCUUCCCUUCCUUGCUUGCCCCCCCCCCCCCAGCAUUAGCUGCUAGGGUGUCCCCCCUGCUCCCCUAGUUUUAAAAACUUAUUUAAACAAAAUUCCCUGCACAGCCAGCGCUUUCUUAUUUUCCUUCACCCCCUGCCCUGGCUAUAUCAGUCUGUUGCAAACCACAAAAAAAAAAAAAAAAAGCUCUAGCCCUCGUGAUGAAAUUGCAAACUGUCCUUUGCUUGAUUUUUGUAGCCUGGAUUGGAAAGAAAUGGGAAUUGGGAGUUCAGGAACUGGAUUCCUUCCCUUGCUUCCAAGAAAGAUGUCCUGGGAUAAAAAGCUUCCCUAUUCAGCAAUUGGAAUGAAAGCGGGGAGCCUUGGUGCGUGUGUCUUUGGUUUUUCUAAGGUGCCCGUGGGGGAGAGGAGGCCGUGCUGUCGUCGUGCCCGUCGAAUGAGAAAAGCGAGUGAAAGCCACUCAAACGGCCUCGUGUUUUGGUUGCAUUUUUCCUUUGAUACUUGAAUUUAUAUUUUUAUCAUUUUUAAUAGCAAAGUGCUAUUUAUUUAUUUAACUGAUGCUGAACUGAGAGGAGGGGUUUUCUUCAUGAUUUGUGUGAUGUUGAUUUUGUAUAUAUUUGGGGGUUUUUUUGCCUGAGACGAAGCAGUGCCAGCUUAUAAAACAGGUUUGCCUUUUGGAAAUUUGUAUAUUUUGCAGUUGCUGGACCAAUAAAACCAUCUUGAAAUAAAAAAAAA